AUGGAAAAAAGCACGAAGGAAAAUAUUACGCAAAAUAAUUUGCAAGAGCCAAAUGCUUUCACAAUUGUAUCAGUGGAGCCAGGUGCAUACCAAGAAAACCAAAUUGCUUGGACCACCACCGAUAUGGCCUCAUCUGCUAGUCUCACUUUGCAAACAGUCUCUGGCUUGGAGCAGUAUCAGCUUCCCCAACGUGUUGUAAUUGAAACAUUGAUUCCUUUCAAUCAGGACAAUGCAGACAGCAGUCUCCCAGAGUUAGUUGACAACAAAACUAUUGAAACUGAUGGGAAUGCCAUUGAUCCAGCAAGUGGGGAAGAUGCUUCCAUUAAGUCAUUUGAUGAAAAAUUGGAUGCAGCAGAACUCAACAAAGAGGAGGUAUUUUCUGACCUCACAGGAAUGUUGUCAGCAUCAGUUAUUGAUGCAAUUCCAGAAAAUAAUCCAACAUUUCUUGACAAUCUCCAAACAAAUUAUAAUGUAGCUGUAAAUAUGACAACAAAUGGGGCAAAUCUUCCAAUGGAUUCUUCACUCAUUUCUGAACAAAAGUUAGAGAAAUUUAAUUCAGAUUUUUCUACAGAUCAACAAAGAGAGGACAACCAAAAUAAUGAAGAGAAAGGUAUUACUGAUAAAAAUUAUUUUCCAACUGGCAGCGAUUUUACUGGAUUAAAUGGCCGACGAAUUCACAAAAAGGAUUAUGAAGCACUUGCUCCCUUCAAAUUCUUCUGCAAGGAAUGCUCUUUCAAAUCUAAACGAGAGAGCCAUUUUGCUAAACAUAUCAAACUACAUGAGACAUCUAGUAAUUUAUUCCAGUGUAAGCGAUGUGACUUUACAAGUAUCCGCCUGAGCCAUUUACGGCGACAUGAAGUGCUCCACAGCCAAACACUUUUAUGCUGUCAACAGUGCAAAUACAAUACGGACAGCAGUAAAUUGCUUGCACGCCAUCGUAAGGAGCAUUAUGUAAGGCACCAGAAUAAUGUUCAUUGCAACCGUAGACCAUAUCUUUGUGAUUUGUGUGGCAAAGCUUUCAAACGACCAGAUGCACUUGCUCAGCACAAGUACACGCAUAUGGACAAGUCAGCCAGAGUGUUACCAUUUACAUGCACUUUGUGUGCAAAAGCUUUCCGAUCACAAGCACAUCUUAAUGAACACAUGACAAUGCACUCCAGUAUUCGAUCUCAUUUGUGUCACUUUUGUGGUGCCUCAUUCAAGACACGCUCUGUGCAGCAGAAACAUAUUCAGACCAUCCAUGUCAACCCCCGUUCGUACAAUUGUACUCAAUGUGAUAAACGGUUUAACACCAAUUAUGCUCUACGUAGACACAAACACACGCACAACACACCAGGAAUGCGUUGUGAAUUGCAGCAAAUGGCUCCAACUGAAAGUGCAACAAGUAUUCAACAAGUUACUGUUCCAAAUUUGACAAACAUUACAGCCAAUUGUCAAGAGCCACAAACUUUGGUACAAGAAGUGAUGGCAGCUUCACCAAUUGAUGUAACUUAUGAUCAGAGUAGUGACACAAUUCGCCAACCAUUGAUUCAAUCCAAUGAGACAACAACUGCACUGCUUUAUCUGACAAACAACCUUUCACCUUAUUAA